AGCCAAUGGAAAUCGGUUCAUCACCUUCUUCAGCGAAUUGAUAUGGAUUUCCCACUUUGAGGAGCGCUGAAGCAUUUUGAAGAUUUGAAUAUUUUGACACAAAAAAAAUGGAAGGCUCCGAUUCUUCCACAAUUGCGGAGCAGAAACACUCGUGGAUGAUGAGCAUAAAAUGCAUGAAGGAACGUUUGAGAUCGCGAUGUGAAGAGGCAUCUUUCGAGGGAAUUCGUGAGAUGAAAUUGUAUCAUGGAUUGAAAUUGAUCUCUUCGGCACCGAUCAUGGGGAAUUUCUUGGAUAUAUGCUACUGCGAUGAUACCAAAGAGUAUCUCCUACUGGACACUGCGUUUGUGAUACACAGAUUCUCCAUUCAGGGGAAGCCAGUGCAGCCCUCCUUCAGUCUGAGCUCCACCAUGGCUUUUACGAAAUUUCUCUGGUUUCAAGCAUCAAAGAUGUUCGCGGGUUUUAUUCCCCACGACGAUUUAAUCUGGAUAUUGGAGCCUACGUGCAAACUGAUACAAAUUGUGAGGAAUGAAUUUAGGGUGGAGAAUGUUUUCUAUACACCCUACACCAAUGAAAUGCUUGUUAUUGGGGCGACAAGAGCGACGAGAUUUCCCCUGGACCACAAAGAACAGACUCUCAAUUCCUGGAAAACAGUCAAUAUAUCAGACAGCUCAUUUGGCCCUACAUGGGUACUAGAAUACUCCUCUUUGAUACAACACGAUCCACUCUUCUUGAGACUGGCUGGAUCUUACCUGACAACUGUAUACGUAAUCCCCCUGGCAUCUGAUAAAGACGAAGAUAGUAAUGUUCCUGUUAAAUUCCUGGCGAGAAAAGUCAAUGCAAUGGAAACCGCGAUCACUGUUUUGUAUUUUCAUUCAACUAGCCGAUGGAUAAUCACGGGCGAUCAACGAGGGAGUGUUUCUGCGUGGAAUUUAGACUUAGAAUGCAUGAUGGACUGUCCCAGUGGUCAUCAAGGGGCUGUGAAAAUUAUCACAGGACAUCCUUCCAUAUGUGGAUUUAUAUCUUGCGGCGAAGACGAUAUAGUUCAGGCCUGGAGUUGUAAUCUGAAACAAAAGAUUGAGUCAUUCAAUGAACUUGGCGAAGUCUCUUACAUGGCGGUCAAUGGCUCUGCUUCUUCACUAGCAACAGUGGGCGCUAAACUGAGUUGUUUCCAGAUGCAUCAGCUUUAUACAUUCUAUUCACCGUUGACAGCUGAACCAGCAAAAUUGUUUGCGACGGCUAGUCCCAUUGAUACUACCCGCGUGGUUGUCUGUUGUGCUGAUAAAAUUGUCAGAAUGUUGUCAUCCGCGUCAGGACAACAGCUGAAUAUUCAAAUCCUCCCAACUCAUUCUGCAGUCCUGGCUGUAGCCCACAGUGCUAUUGCAGGUCGCAUGUACAUCCUGGGUACUAACGGAAUUCUGGUGGCUAACACGAAAACCAAUCCUAUGAAAAUUGAAGACGAGUGGGAGAGUGCGGAAAAAAUCAUCACAUGUCUCGUAGUGUACGAUCAUUACGAAGCAAUUCGUGGAUCCGAUCGUGAAGCUGAAAAAUCAAAACUCGUCAAUGCCAUUUGUACACGAAUAAUUAUCGGAACUGAAAAAGGGGAAUUGAUCUCCAUCGAAGAGACGAGCGGAAAACAGGAAAGUUCAAUCUCAGCGCAUGACGCCGGAAUAAUUCACUUGCACUCCUCGAUAGUCUCUCGUCAAGUUAUAUCGAGUAGUGCGGAUAAAUCUCUGAAAAUUUGGAGAAUCUUCCCGGACACAUUGAUGCCGCUAUCGUUACUGCAUUGCAUUUAUUACACCACUCCAAUCACCUGCAUCGGAUCUCUCGGAUCCACGAUCUGUGUCGUCAGUAGCACCGAAUCUUCCCAAUGUCAUCAGUUAUUUAUGUACGAUGUAGUAGAAAGAAGGCAAUUGGAGCACCAUCCAUCGAAAAACCACGUGAAGCAAAUUCUGGCUCUGGCCACAUCAGAGUCCCUUCAAAUAUGCGCUACAUCAUCGAUGGAUGGUUCACUACGCAUAUGGGAUCACCAGAAUGAUCUAGUCAAGAUACUGGAAAUAAACGUUUGCACAUCACACAUAACAUUUUCCGCGCUCCUCGGAGAUAUUGUGUUCAGCGCUGGAAAACAUCUCUACCGAAUUCCCUACGAAAAUUAUUUAUCGCCAAAAUAUCGUCUGCAAAUUUUAAACAAUGGGAUAGAGAAAGAAGAGGAGGAAAUGUUGGAUGAUCCAGAAUCUAAAUCAAUCGAUGAACACUUGGUAAUUGAUGAUAAAAUGCUGCACCCUGUCAGCAGCGUGCCUCUCGGUUCGCUAGACCCAUCAACAGAUGCUCCGAGUCUUGAUCUAAUGUUCAAGGAGCAGAUGUGCGCGCAAUUGAGAUAUAGAGAUGAAGAUAUUUUACGAAUCAAAGAGAAUAUACUAAAUGCGAAGAAAAUAGUGAAAAUGAAAACUAUGAUGGAACACCAUGACUGGGAAAGACACAUCGCCGAAUUGCUCGGCAUCUCUUCGCGAACUGAAAAUGGAACUAGUCCACAUGACAUCUGGAAUUAUGUGGAAAAGUAUGGGAAAAAUAGGAAAGUCUUCAAUAAAUCGGAACAGCCCCACAUGAUUGGAUGUAGCAUAAAACAGUUUUCCGAUGAAUUAAAAUUACCAGCAGAGAUUUACGAGCCUGGUUUGAAUCUUCAUGCUUUCCUUCCAAAUUCACUAGUCAUCAAAGUCGCUGACACAGAAGAUAUGAAAGCUGAUGACUUCAAUGAGACAGAACAGUUGGAAAGACAUCGACUCAAAUACAAUUAUCCCUCAGAAAUAUAUCUGACUAUGGGUCCAUCAGCGUCUGAAGGUUUCAGUGAUGAAGCCAUUGAGACUGUUCAGUGAAUAUUUUAUGAGAGACCAUCUCAUCAAUAAUCGGUUCUUCGUGGGACUGGAUAUCGAAGCACAAGGGCACUGUCUGCGGAUAUAAUCGGAAGCGCGUUGUCACAGUGGUGAUUCACCAGAUGACUGACACUGUCAAAAAUACGGUCCUUUGUUCGCACCUGAAUGAGGGGAUAAAAAUAUCAUUCUAUUUCUGAUGAAUGAAGAGCAGGGAAGAGUGGGGCAAUCUGGACACUUCUGCCUCUUUUCAAUGCUAAUUAAUAAUUAAUUGAACUCUUGAUGAAACGUUUUUUUACUCGUUGUAAAGUGCAAUUGCCCCUCUUUAUGAUUUCAGAGCGAGCACAAUUGAUGAACUUAUUUUUUAAUGCUCAUAGAAUUGUGAACAUUUAGAAAAGUCAAAUGUCCAUUUUACCUCAUCCUUCCCUACUCAAUGUUAUUUUGAAGAGAUUAACUUACAACUCCCUCGGGGUCGAUUAAAAGUAAAUGCUUGGGAAUUCCGUUAUUCAUCCCCGUGAGGACGUAUUGUCCCGGUGAGCCUUGAGAUUCACGAACCAAAAAAUCACCGUCUUUAGUCAGCAUUGAUUCUGCCUCUGGACGACUGACACUACCGUGAUACCAAACUUCUGUUUUCAAUUGGUGCUGUUGAGAACGUGGACUCAAUUUGUUCAUCUCUGAUAUUGCUGUGCUGAAUGGCUCUGAAAUGAAAUUAAUUCGUCAUAUUCCCACAUGGGGAAAUUGAAAUUGAUGAAACACGAGGAAAACGUGCAAUUUGUCACACCGCAG